AUGUACAAGUCGAAGCUGCAGGAGCUGUGCCAGCAGAGGAAAUGGCGCUUGCCCGAGUACAACGCCACAAAGCUUGGCCUCGACCACAACCCUCGCUUCUCAGCCUCCGUCACCAUAAACGGCGUCGCCUUCGACACGGUGCAACUCUUCAGGUCCUCCAAGGAAGCCCAAAACGACGCUGCUAGACUUGCCUUCGCUCACUUCACUGAUCCGCAACCCAGACAUACCAAUCGCAUUCCCAGCCCUUCCUCAUUCCCACAACCUUCUCUUCCCGCUUCCUCAGCACUUCCUUCAACAGCGGGCACCAAUUUGACUGGUACACAUGACACAAAACAGACAUUGCAACCAAAGAUUCAAGAAACACAUGAAACUUCUUACGUGCCAGUUCAGUUCAGUGGUAUAGCAUCAGGUGGCAAUUCUCAGGCGAAUGGCAGCACAUCGGGUAUUGAAGAUGGUAAUCGAUUGAGAGAUAUACAGCAUUUAUACAAGAACCAACUGCAGACUUAUGCACAAAAGAGAAAUCUUCUUCUACCUGUGUACAGUUGUGAGCGGGAAGGUCUGCCUCAUGCCAAUCGUUUCAAGUGUACAGUAACAGUUGAUGAACAUACCUAUGAGGGUCCAGAGUUUCUUCCUACAAUGAAGGAAGCUGAACAUGCAGUUGCAAAAGUUGCUUUGAUGUCCCUGUUGCCAAAUGGAGUACAAGAGGAUGAUAUUGUUUUAUACAAAAACGUUUUACAAGAAUUAAUCCAGAAAGAAGGUUUUUCUAUGCCAGUCUAUAGCACAAAGAAUUCUGGCGCAGUUCAUAUGCCAAUUUUUGUUUCAACUGUGGAGAUAGAAGGAGAAACUUUUACAGGUUCAGAAGCAAGAAGCAAGAAGCAGGCAGAGAUGAGUGCGGCAAAGGUUGCUUACCAUACCUUGAGAGAGCGUAAGUCAAGUAAGAUCCCUUUGGUCCUGCCCCCUGCUCAGAAGGGGCUAGAAGCGCCAGAUAUCUUAUCUUCAAGCUUUCAGUCAAACCUAGCUACUGAUUUACAAGAAGUUAGGCCUAACGCCCCCAUGAUCAUAAGUCUGAGUACGAUUACUGGGGAUCAGAUGAUGGAGAAUAGUGUAACUGCAGAAGGGAACAGUCAUCAUCAUCAUCCUACCACAGUAUCUUCACGACCUGAUGCCCUUACGACAAGCAGUGGAUUCUCUUCUUCUGAUAUUUUGUAUGGCCGUGCUCAGGAGUCAAACAAUUAUAGCCUCUCUAUGUCCCGAAAUGGCUCUUCUUCAACUUUGCCUUCUGAUGGCUCCACUAACUUAGCUAUGGACUCUACUCUUGAGCCACCAGCAAAAGGGAGCAUGUAUAACAAGGUUUCUGUUUAUCCAUACAAGCCGGAUAUGAAAUUUCCAGAGGGAAUCACUGUGCUGCCCAUGAGUGAUGGAAAGUGGGUUGCUUUGUCGCACACCUGA